AUGGCUGCUCUUCUAGCCUUAUUUCUCUUCCUUUCUGCUGCCAUUUCAGCAGCAGCUCUAGAAGGAUACUCAUUGAUCAAACUAUCAUCUUACUUAACACCCACAUCCAAUUCUUGGGUCUCACAUUCUGGAACUUUCGCCUUCGGGUUCCACAACACAGAGGAUGGCUACAUCGUCUGCAUCUUUUGCGCCGGCUUCAAGGAGAGGACUGUGGUGUGGACAGCCAACAGAGAGAAUCCCAUUGUUCCUGACAACGUUGUUCUGCUGCUAACUGAAGAUGGACUGGUCUUGCAGAGGAGUGAUAGCCAUGAUAUAAUAUCUCGGAUUGAUAAUUCUUCCCAACCUAUAGCAGGGGCAGAAAUGCAUGACAAUGGUAACUUUGUGCUCUACAAUUCCAAUCACAGUGUAAUUUGGCAGAGCUUCGAUCACCCAACCGACUCCCUUCUGCCCGGACAGCGCCUUCCACCAGGUGGGAUGCUUCUAUCCAGAGCUUCAGAGACGGACAUUAAGACAGGAAUUUUCAGGCUCCGGAUGCAAUAUGAUGCAAACCUUGUGUUGUACUAUGUGUACGGACUAGACACGGCAAUAGAUGCUUACUAUUCAACAAAUACCUAUGGGCAUGGCAACGUCACGUUGAAUCUUGAAAAUGAUGGUCAUCUUUAUUUGUUCGAUGGAUUUUCUGUCGUGCUGAAUUUAACCACACAAGGGAACCAUAUAAUAGGGACCAUCUAUCUUGCGAGGCUUGAUUGGGAUGGCAUUCUUCGACUGUACAGUCGAUCACUGCAGCAAGAAGAUAGCUGGAAAUCAAUAUGGUCAGUCACGGAGGACAAAUGUUUACCUAAAGGUUUGUGUGGCAUUAAUAGCUACUGCACUUACAAAGAUGAAGAUGCUGAUUGCAGAUGCCUUCCGGGAUUUGGUUUUGCUCAUGAAGGCGAAUGGAGCGCCGGCUGCACCACCAAUUUUAGGGUUGACUGCAGAGACACAUAUCUAAGUAGAAAAUAUGAGAUGACAAGCGUUCGGAAUGUAACUUGGGAAGACAAUUACUACAGUGCUUCAAGAGGACUCACUGAAGAACGUUGCAAACAGGGCUGUCUAGAUGAUUGCAACUGUAUUGUAGCCUUCUUUAAAGAUGGAGAAUGUCGAAAGCAAAAGCUUCCACUAAGUUAUGGCAAAUUUUCUGUAAAUGCCACAGACAUGGCUUUUGUGAGAAAGCAUUUCCGAGGUUUCACAGUUGCUAUAUUUCUUACAGGAUCUACAGGACAGAGAAAGGGGCUUACUGAUCUGCAGAAGUAUGUAAUAUCAGGAGUAUUACUUGGUAUACUUGGUCUACUUAUACUAUCUGUCACCAUCUACUACACUAGAAGACAACGUGGAUGGUGCAAUCAGGGUCUUGACAAAUUUGUACUCAAGCAUGGAUCUCUGGCUCCAAAAAGAUAUAGUUACAAUGAAAUAAAAAAGAUAACAAAAUCCUUUUCAGAAAAACUAGGCCAGGGAGGAUAUGGCGUUGUAUACAAAGGAAAACUGCCUGAUGGUCAGCUUGUGGCAGUGAAGGUCUUAAAGAAAACUCAUGAUAAUGCAGAAGAAUUUGUUAACGAGGUCGCCAGCAUCAGUAGAACCUCCCAUGUCAAUAUUGUCAAUCUGUUGGGAUUUUGCUAUGAGAGAAACAAAAAGGCUCUAGUCUAUGAAUUCAUGCCCAACAAAUCUUUAGACAAGUUCAUCUACAAGAGUAAAUCUGCAGAUCCAAAUUGCUCCUUGGGAUGGAAGAAAAUGUACGAUAUUGCAGUUGGGGUUGCCCGAGGUCUUGAAUAUCUGCACAGAGGUUGCAACACCAGGAUCAUUCAUUUUGAUAUCAAGCCUCAGAAUAUUCUUUUGGACGAAGACUUUUGCCCAAAAAUAUCAGAUUUUGGGCUUGCUAAAUUGUGCAUGAAGAAGCAGAGCAUAAUAUCGAUGCUUGGAACAAGAGGAACUAUAGGGUACAUUGCUCCUGAAGUAUUCUCAAGAAAUUUUGGCGUAGUUUCUCACAAAUCAGAUGUCUACAGCUAUGGUAUUAUGCUUCUUCGAAUGGCAGAAACAAGAACAACUGUUGAGACUAAAUCAUCCCAGUCAAGUGAACAUUAUUUUCUUGAAGAAAUUUACGAGCACGUACUAGUGCAAAAUGAAAAGAUUCAUGAUCUCAUGACAAAAGAGGAAGAAGAAGUUAUAAGGAAAAUGUUAAUGGUAGGUUUUUGGUGCACUCAGACAGCUCCAUUAGAUAGGCCGUCAAUGAAUUCAGUAGUUGAUAUGUUGCAAGGGAAUCUGCAGUCUAUACAGGUUCCCCCAAUGCCAUUUUUGCUCUCUUCCCCAAAACCACACUUCUCGUGCUCACUUCCUCUAAUUGUAGAAACGCAUUCAAGUUCAUAUGGUUUAAUAAGCCAUUAUUAA